GCCAUUGCCGUCGAUCUCCAGCAAGACGUUACUGCCCUUGUGAAUCUAAACAAUAUUGCAGCCUGUCACGUAUUCGAGAAACUGAAAUUCCAUCUGAUCCGGCACGAACACUAUUACUGGAGCAUGAUAAGGCCCAAAGGCAAUGGUCAAAUAUCGUGGCCCAACAAUGAAUAAGGGCCUGAUAACAAACAGAGAUGUUGAUAAUCCUAAAACCAAGGGGUACCUAUUACAAAUCUGAUGAAUAAGGGCCAGAUAGCAAACAGAAAUGUUGAUAAUACUAAAGCCACGGGGCACCUGUUACAAGCACCAAUAAAAAUUGUCUCAGAUAUAAACGUUCUAUAUAAGUUUCAUACAUCUGUUGUAACCGGAGAUCAGUUAUGGAUAUGGCUAACUUGCAACAAGUCGGUAUACCUCAGCUGGAGGAAUUAAAAGCGCUCUACUCGCAAGAUUCUUCCAAGUACUGCAAGGAGUACUAUUGCUUGGACAACUUCCUGGACCUCCACAGAAAGGACUCUCAUCUGAAAAAUGUGAAAGUCUACUGUCUACCUAAUCUUGAUCUUGGAUUAUUUGUAAUUUUGGAUCGGUAUCAAAUAUUCCUUGGUUGCAAGGAAAGUGACAAGUCGGAGACUCUUCUCUGUGAAUCUCUGAAUCAGUUGAAAUUGUUUGGGGGUCAGCAGCUUGCAUCCAUGCCACAGCGAUACGUUCAAGCUGCGACCAAAGUGAUCGAAGCCAAACAACUGCACAUCGAAUACAAUUACAUAACUGGCUUGCAGUUUCUAGCCAAAGAAAGGGCUCAACAGUGGCAAGUAGAAGCCCCACCAGGCUAUGAGAUGAAAUCUCUGAGUUUAAAGGAUGCCAAGACAUUAGAUGAUCAUUGGAAAUACAAAGACCCAGGUAGUUUACUUUUUAUUCAAAGACAGAUAGCUUUCAAUACAUCUGUUGGCUUGUAUGAGGUGGAAUCUGGAGAGCUGGUGGCUUGGUGUUUAAGAGCUCAAGAUGGAUUGCUGGCUGUUCUUCAGGUGAAGGAGUCCCAUAAACGACGUGGCUUCGGCGUUCUAAUAGUCAAGGAAUUCUCCCGCCGUGUGGCGCUUCUGGGUCAUGAUAUUAUCGCCGAGGUGGAUAGGGAAAACGAGGCUUCUGCAUCUCUGUUUAAAAAACUUGGCUUCAAGGUUAUUGGUCAGUGCCACUGGUUGGUAACCGAAGCACCCAACGGAGAUUUCCAAUGGCCGGCUGACGAGUGAUUAGAUUAAGUUCUGCAAAGAUGUAAAUUUAAAAAAGAUUAAAUAAACUAAAAGAUUAAAUAA